GUUAUGAUAGAACAAUCAUUCGUCAGAUUUUACUUAGCUAUUGCUAAGGUUCCCUAAAAUUGAGUGGCCAAGGUUAGACUACCUGUCAAAAAAUGGAAGUCAAGGUGAGUGACCAGCACGCUGCUCGAUCUUCUUCAACAAAACUUCUCUAACUUAUUCAGUUAUACUAUAUAUAUAUAUAUAAUACCAUCGUUUAUCACAUCACAUAUAUAUGAAAUUAAAAUUGUGUAACAGAGUGUGAUUAGAGAGAGCAAUGAGAAUUAAAUUAUUAGUUUCAUUCCUUCUAUGCUACUCCUACUGCAUAUAUAUCACUCAUGCCUCUCCCAUUAAUUGUCUUGAAGACCAACAAUCUUUGUUGCUCCAAUUCAAAAACAAUCUCACAUUUGAUCCUAAAUAUUCCACCACACUGAAAUUGUGGAAUAAUAGCACUGCUUGCUGUUAUUGGAGAGGUGUUAGAUGUGACAAUGAGGGGCAUGUUAUUGCCCUUUACCUUAUAGAAGAAGAACUCAUCUCUGGUGGAUUUAACAAUUCAAGUAGUCUUUUUAGUCUCCAACAUCUCCAGGAACUGUACUUGUCUUAUAACAAUUUCAAUUCCUCCUUUCCAUCAGGAUUCAGCAAGCUGGAGAAGUUAACAGUAUUAGAUCUUUCUAACUGUCAUUUUUAUGGAACACUUUCUAAUUCAAUGUCAAACCUCACACACCUUACCUACUUAGACCUUUCUCAUAAUGAUUUAAGUGGUGCAAUUCCUUCAUCCCUUUUUACACUCCCAUCAUUGGAUACUAUUUACUUUUCUCAUAAUGAUUUAAGUGGUGCAAUUCCUUCAUUCCUUUUUACAAUCCCAUCAAUAAUUACACACCUUGAUCUUUCCUCUAAUAGGUUGAAUGGGACACUGCAGCUGGAUGAGUUUCUGAAGCUUAGAAAUUUCGUUGAACUAAACCUUUCAUACAACAAUAUAUCAGUCAAUGUGAAUGAUUCAAAUGUUGAUCAAACUUCCUCUACCAAUAUUCAAAUUCUACAUUUGGCAUCCUGCAAUUUGAAAUCUUUCCCAGGCUUCUUAAUAAAUCAAUCAAUAUUGUCCAUACUAGACCUUUCAGAUAACCAAAUUCAAGGAAAAAUACCAAACUGGAGUUCAAAACCACAAUAUCUUAAAGUCCUAAAUAUUUCUCACAAUUUUCUCUCUGAUUUCGAAGGAAUUAUGCAAAAUCUUGUAAUUAGUUCCAACUUGGAAGUUCUUGACCUUCAUAACAACCAACUGUUGGGGUCAAUACCACAAGAUAUUGGUAAUUACCUCUCUUCCACAUAUUUCCUCUCUCUAUCAAAUAAUAAUUUACAUGGAAGCAUCCCUGACUCCCUCUGCAAAGCUUCACAACUUCAAGUGUUUGAUUUUUCUGUCAACAACAUUUCUGGAACAAUUCCUCCAUGUUUAAUGACAAUGACUAGUACUCUUGAGGUAUUAAAUUUGGGAAAGAACAAUCUUACUGGCCUCAUACCAGAUAUGUUUCCGUUUUAUUGUGUUUUAAGCACUUUGAACUUCCAUGGAAAUCUCUUACAUGGGCCAAUUCCCAGCUCUCUUUCCGACUGCUCAUUCUUAACGGUAUUAGAUAUUGGAUCAAAUCAAAUUUCUGGUGGCUUUCCGUGCUUUUUGCCGAACAUACCAUCGCUUAGUAUCUUGGUUUUGAGGAACAACAGAUUUAAUGGUUCCAUAGAAUGUUCAGAUUCACAAGCAAAUGAGCAUUGGAAAAUGAUUCAAAUUGUGGAUAUUGCUUUCAACAAUUUCAAUGGAAAACUACCUGAAAAAUAUUUCACAACAUGGGAUAGAAUGAUACAUAAUAAAGAUGAUGUUGUAUCAGACUUUAUUCACACAGUGGAUACGAUCGUCACCGAGACUGGCACCUACAACUACAACAUACUCCCUCCUUACAUGUAUUAUCAGGAUAGUGUGACAGUUUCGACCAAAGGUCAACAACUGGAGUUGGUUAAAAUUCUAAAAAUAUUCACUGUCAUUGAUUUUUCAUCCAAUCAUUUUGAAGGACCAAUACCAGAUGUUCUAAUGGACUUCAAAGCAAUCCAUGUUCUCAACUUGUCAAACAAUGCUCUCUAUGGUGAAAUUCCGUCAACUAUUGGUAACCUGCAACAGUUAGAGUCAUUGGACCUCUCAAAUAAUUCUUUGGUCGGUGAAAUUCCUGUGCAGAUUGCAAGCCUGUCAUUCCUUUCUUAUCUUAACCUCUCAUUGAAUCAUUUGGUUGGGAUGAUCCCAACAGGUACUCAAAUUCAGUCAUUUCAGUCAUCUUCCUUUGAAGGAAAUGAUGGACUAUUUGGGCCUCCGUUGAUUGAAAAACCAUAUGGCAAAAUGGAAAACUUGCAUCCACAACCAACAUCUGGAAGGCAAGCUUGUUCAAAUAACUGGAAUUUUUUAAGUGUGGAAUUGGGAUUCAUUUCCGGACUCGGAAUUAUCAUUGGUCCUGUUAUGUUAUGGAAGCAAUGGAGGGUAAGGUAUUGGCAGACUGUGGACAAAAUUCUUUGUUGGAUGUUUUCAAGGAUGUAUCUUGAAUAUGCAACCGAUAGAGGACAAACAUACACAGUUUUAAGGUUUAUGCAGAAUCUCUCGCACGCUUUCAAGGAGAUUCACCUUACAUAUAUCCACUUUAUGGACUGGGAGAGUUGCCUCAGGUUUUCCAUAUCUAUUUUUCCUUUUAAAUUUAAUAUCUAUUUUUCCAUAUCUCUGUUAAUCCAAAACCAAUCAGAGCUACUAACUUACCAAUUCAAUAAUCAAAUAAUGGAAUGUAUAAAGAGAUAA